AGUCCAUCCCUAAUCUUUAAGCUUGUUGGCUCUUCUCCUUCCUCUCCACUUUUCUGGAAAAAAAAAUUGAGCUCACCCCAAACUUUAAAGGUUAAAAUCAGUCCAAAUUCUUCAUUAUUUACAGCUUAUUGAAGCCAAAUUCAAGAGCCCCAGAAGCACAAAAUCCAUUAUACUUCACCCACUGCCAAAUUCAGGAAAGGAAAAAAAAUGGCUUGUAGAGUUCAACAUUCAAUUCAGAGCAGUUUUUUGUUCUUAUAUUCAACCCCUUUUCGAAAUUCUUUGAACCCAAGAAGUUCUUUUUUCAAGAAUCGAAUUAGUUUUGGCAAAAAAAUGUUUUUUUCAUCUUCUUCAAGAACUGCCCUUUACUGCACUUGCAGCAGCAGCAGCAGUAGUGGUGAUAAAGAUAGUUUUUUUCCAAAUGGGGUUGGGGGUGAUGAUGCAUUUGUACUCACAACUCCACUUUAUUACGUUAAUGCUCCUCCUCAUAUGGGAAGUGCUUACACCACCAUUGCUGCUGAUGCCAUUGCUCGUUUUCAGAGGCUACUUGAGAAGAAAGUUAUAUUCAUCACCGGCACAGAUGAACAUGGAGAGAAGAUUGCUACUGCAGCUGCAGCUAAUGGUUCUAGCCCAAGUGAACACUGUGACGUUGUAUCACAAGCUUAUAAAGCUCUCUGGAAAGAUUUAGACAUAAGUUAUGACAAGUUUAUCAGAACAACUGAUCCAAAGCAUGAAGCUGUUGUGAAGGAAUUUUACUCUCGGGUUCUUGCCAAUGGUGACAUAUACAGGGCUGAUUAUGAGGGACUUUAUUGUGUCAAUUGUGAGGAGUACAAGGACGAGAAGGAUCUGCUGGAUGAUAACUGUUGUCCUACGCACUUAAAGCCAUGUGUGAGAAGAAAAGAAGAUAAUUACUUCUUUGCCUUGUCGAAGUAUCAACAACAGUUGGAAGAAGUUUUAAAGCAAAACCCUGGUUUCGUGCAGCCCUCUUAUCGUCUAAAUGAGGUUCAAGGUUGGAUUAAGAAUGGCCUGAAAGAUUUCUCCAUUUCUCGAGCAUCCGUAGAUUGGGGUAUUGCUGUUCCUGAUGAUUCGGAGCAGACUAUAUAUGUCUGGUUUGACGCGUUGUUGGGUUAUGUAUCUGCACUUCUGGAGGAUAGCGAACUAGCCAGUUUAGAAACUGCAAUUUCUUCUGGAUGGCCUGCCUCACUCCACUUAAUUGGCAAGGAUAUAUUGCGAUUUCACGCUGUUUAUUGGCCAGCGAUGUUAAUGUCAGCAGGAAUUGGCCUCCCUAAGAUGGUAUUUGGCCAUGGAUUCUUGACCAAGGAUGGUAUGAAGAUGGGCAAGUCACUAGGAAAUACACUCGAGCCAACAGACUUGGUUCAGAGGUUUGGACCUGAUGCAGUCAGGUACUUUUUCCUCAGGGAGGUAGAAUUUGGUAAUGACGGAGACUACUCAGAGGAGCGGUUCAUCAGAAUGAUAAAUGCAAAUUUAGCUAAUACAAUUGGUAACCUUCUAAAUCGCACACUUGGACUUCUGAAAAAGAACUGCCAAUCAACUCUGGCGGUUGAUUCAGAUGUUGCGGCAGAAGGAAACAAAUUCAAGGCUGCAGUGGAGAAACUGGUAGAGAAGGCACGCAUGCACUAUCAAAAUUUGGAAUUAUCAGCAGCUUGUGAGACUGUGUUGGAGAUUGGUAAUGCUGGAAAUUUAUACAUUGAUGGACAAGCACCAUGGACUCUUUUCAAGCAAGGCGGCGCAGCCUUUGAAACUGCAGCAAAGGAUCUCGUAAUUGUAUUGGAAGCAAUGAGAAUCAUAUCAAUCGCGCUAUCACCAAUUACACCAGGCUUGAGCUUGAAAAUAUAUUCCCAACUUGGCUACACCGAGGAACAAUUCAACGCUGUUAGCUGGAGUGAUACCAAAUGGGGCGGGCUGAAAGCUGGUCAAGUAAUGGCGCAGGCAACGCCAAUCUUUGCCAGAAUAGAAGAUGGAACUGAAGCUGAGACCAAAAGUGCAGCAACAAAGAAAGUUAAGAAGGAGAAGACACCUCAAAGUAAGAGUCCUGUUGAAGCUUAGAACUUUUUUCAUGCUAAUCUUAAACAUCAUUUUUUUCUCUUCCUUGACAUUUAGAAGGUCGAUUCUUACAACCAAUAAGUAUCUAUCGAUAUUGCUUUGCAUAAAUUUUGUUUUAACCAACUGUGUUAUUAGUUAUAACUUAGAGCUGGAUUGUCCCUA